AUGACAUUGCUCCAACAAAUCCUCUUCCUGGAACCAGUUUUGUACCCACUCUCAACGAUAAAUGGAUGUAGAGUAACAAAUAUCAGAUGUCAACGAGAUGAUGGUCUUUCUUGCAGUUCUGUAGCUAUUCAGGGAAUUACAGCAGGUGGGACUACCUCACUUCAAACAACUGAGAAUAGUGAUGUAUCUAUAUUAACCAUGGGAUGUAAUGAAAAUGGUCAAUUUACGUAUGAGAGAAACGUCGGGAUCACUGAAUUGUCUUGUGUCUUCAAUCAGUGCCCACCUCCGUCCUGCACUUCGUGUGAUAUCAGGACAAUUCCUCUGACCGCACCGCCAGCGGGAACCAGUUUAAAUACAGAUGAAGCUACGUUUGACGGAUGUAAGGCUGCAAUUGUUACAUGCCAAAGAGAUGAUGGUCAAGUGUGUACUACUGUUACAGUCCAGGGAACAACUUCUUCUGGAGUUUCAGAUAUCAGAUCAACAAUGGGCGCGGGUUUAGCGUCUGCUGAAUUAACAUGUUCUGUAGAUAGCAAGUACACUACUGGAACCGGCUCUGAAGUCACUGCACUAUCCUGUAACUUCAAUCAGUGUCCACGACCCUCAUGUACAUCGUGUAAGCCUGAAGAUACAAUUUUCGUAGACCCACCAACAGGCGAAUACUACUAUACAUACAGGGAAACUAGUGGCGCCGGUGAAUGUAUUCAGGCAGAUAUUACAUGUAGGACACUUGGUGGUAAAGUAUGUGAAUCAAUCGAAUGGCUGAUCGAUAGUUCGAGUGGGAUAGAACAAAUCAUUAGUGCUAAUUACAACGCUCAAGUGAGUGGUCGGAAUAUUGCAUGUAGUGGAGACGGAACGUGGAAUGCGUUUUUCCGGACGGAAGUCACAAAAAUCGUUUGUCGGUUUAAUAAUUGUGCAUGA